GCUUUCAGUGGAAUGAACACAAAGAAGAAGCAACAAAGCUGGUGAAAUUUUUUACAAUAAACAAGCACGUAGAAAAAAAAACAAGAAAAUGCAAUUAAUUAAAUAAACAAAUAAAUAAAUGUUAAAAACUUAAAUAGAAAAGUCUAUACCAGAUGAUAAAAUAUAUUUAACAUAAUGGAAAAUGAAGAACUGACAAAGAAUAUCACAACUUGUGAUGAAAAUCCAGAUAAACAACAUUCCAUUGUAAUUGGACAGACAAAACAAUUAACGUCAGCAGAUAUUGAAGCAACUGUCCAGCUGGAGAGGGAACAAGAGCAGGCAACGGGAAAAGAAACUAUAAACAUAGCAACGACAACAAUCGAAAGUGGUAAUGAUAACAGAACAACAGUUGAAGUUGUAAAACCCCUGUUGGUGGACAAAAAUGCUACACAAAUUAGCGCAAAUACCGAAGAAGUACAAAAAUCAAUAACGUCUACUGUUAAUGCAGUGUCAGCAGUUAACGGUAUGGAAGUGGAAGAGGAGGGCAAUAAAAUGGUCACAAAAACAAAAAAUUCACAAGAGAAUGUCGCAAACAAUGAUGAUGUGGGUGAAGGUAGUAAUGGUGUUGUUUUGAGUCAAACAAAACCAACAAGUGUUUCUACCUCUUCGUCGUUAAAUAAUUCUCCCUCUGUCCGUUACUCUGAUUUGGCUGAAAAACACCAUGAAGUUGUUGUAGAGGUAAAGAAAGAUAAAAUACAGCAACAUGGAGAUUGUGAAUUGAAAUUGCAACAACAAAUGUUACAAUACGAACAACAAAUGGAACAGCUCAAAGCGGCUUUACAACAAAAAGACAAUAUGAUAACACUGUUCCAAAGAGAAAAUGCUAUUUUGGAAAAGGAAAAAGAAGCGUUUCGCAAAGAAAAAGAUCUUGCCAAUAAGGAAAAAGAGUCCACAGUAAUUAAGUUUGCCAUGAAAGAAAAGUCCGUAAUUGAUGCCAAAAAAGAAAAGGAAGUGGUGGAAAAGCAAUUGACCGAGGCUAGAAAAGAAAUUAAAAAUUACACUACCAAAUUUCAGGCAUUAAAUGAAGAGAAAUCUCGAGUUACCUAUCUUAUGGAUGAAAAGUGCAAUGAAGUACGAAAAUACCAAAGAGAAUGUGAAAAGCUUAAAACAGAUUAUGGUCACUUGGAAUCGAAACUAAAGUAUCAUAUGAACAAAUUAAAUAUGGAAACAGAAGCUAAAUUGGCUUUGGAAAAGAAAUUGGAAGAGGAAAGAAAUGCACCCAAUAAAAUGGAGGAGAAAGCUAAUGAAAAAAUAAAAAUUGAAUUUGAAGCUCAAAGCAUUUUAUUGAAACAUGACAUUUCCAAUAAAAUCGAACAGCUAGAUAAACUUUUCAAAGAAUCAGAAGUACAAAAAGAUGUCAUCAAACAGCUGCAGGAGCAAUUAAAUAAAGAAACACAAGAGAAAUCCCAUUUGCUAACAAGCUUUAAUAGCCUACAAGAAGAACACAAUCAUAUACAAAAUUCCUAUAGUGAAGAAAUGUUAAAUUCGGCAAAAUUACGUGGCCAAUUGGAAGAGCUACAAGUCUUAAAAACUCAAAAUACCUUAAACGAAGACAAAAUCUUUACUCUAACUCAGGAACUAAAUGAAGCUAUACAAAAAUUACAGGACAACGAACAUGAUUUGGAGCAAUUACAUGCUAAGGAAAAGGAAUUAUUAAGUUUUAACAAGGAAAUGAGUGAAAGUAUAGUGGAGUUACAAAAUCAAAUAUGUUUACUGAAAUCGAAGGCUCAAGGCACCGCUGCCGAAAAUGACUUAUUGAAAAAAGAACGCUUGGCCUAUGAUGAAAAAUAUGCCACUUUGGAGAAUCAGCUCAAGCAAGAACAAAAUCAAAAGAACGAAGAACGCUUGCUGUUGGCCAAACAUCUAUCGGAAAAAACUAAACUUUAUGAAAAUACCAAAAUUAAACUCGAAAAUGUUUUGGGCGACUUUGAGGCCACCAAACAUAAACAUGCCACCAUAGUAAAGGAACUGCAAAGAGAAAUUGCUAAAUUUAAAAGAGCAGCCGAACAAAAUGCCGACAAUCAUCGUAGCUUUAUUUGUUCUAGAUGUCAAAAUCCCUCACAAAAUAAUGGCUAUCAUCAUAAGGAGAACGAGGAUAAGGUAACAGCCAUAGAAACGUUAGAUAUUAAAAGAUCGCACAGCCGGCAAAGCAGUAUUAGUACAACGGGUGGACAAAGUGCGGCGGGUAGCAGAAGGGGUAGUGAGUCUUCUGAGUCGGAUACGGUAACAGGAAGGGAAAUGGAUUUUAAAGAUGAUAAUAAGGGACCUUCCAAAAAACAUUUAGUCGAACGUAUUCUACGUUUACAACAGGCGUCCGCCCGACAAACCGAAAAAAUUGAUUUUCUCGAACAACACACGCUUUCUCUAGUCGCCGAAUUGCAAAAGAAAUCCAAAGUUGUGCAAUAUUAUAUGCUGCGCGACCAGGCGGGUGCCUUGACAUCCUCGAAAAGUGAUCAGAACAAAAGUGAGCUAGCCAAAUAUGGCCAUGGUGUUAUGUCGGCCAUUUAUGGUGGCAUUAAGGGUGUUGAAAAUAAGAGCAUGUCUCUAGAAUUAUCUUUGGAAAUUAAUAAGAAACUGCAAGCCGUUUUGGAAGACACCCUCCUCAAGAACAUAACCUUAAAGGAAAAUUUGGAUGUUUUGGGUUUGGAAGUGGAUAAUUUAACACGAAAACUACGACAAAUUGAGGCCAGACAAUGAGGUCUUUAGUUAAAUGUAGAUUUUUUUUAAAUACAUAAUGUAAAAUAUUAUAAAUUAUAACUGUAAAUUGAGGUUAUGUAGAAAAAAAAUGGUCAUGUCGUAGCAGGAUUGCCAGUUAGAAACAAAUUAUUUAAUACAUUCCACAUUUUUUUUUAAUGUAUAUAAUAAUUAUAGUGUAAUUAAUAAAUUAAAGUAAAUAAAUUAUGAAGUAUGUGUUUUAAUUUUAAUAU